AUGUCCAUGAACGUAUCUGACUGCACGCACAUCCGGGAUGGCUUCCCUCGUCCAUUCCCGGAUACACCCACCAAUGUAUUACAACAGUUCCAGAUGAAGGGGAAGGUGGUUGUUAUCACUGGCGGGGCGGAUGGGAUCGGUCUGGCUGUUGCGGAGGCGAUGGCUGAGGCAAAUGCGUCGGUUGCGCUGUGGUAUAAUUCAAAUGAUGCUGCUAUCAAGAGGGCGGAGGAGUUGGCGAAGACUCAUGGGAUUAAGGCUGUUGCGUACAAGGUUGAUAGAAUGGCCAUCUCGAAACCAAUUUUAGAACAAACGCUCGAUGAGUACAGGAAGCAGAUGUCUGUUAAUGUGGAUGGCGUAGUCGCCUGCGCCAAAUAUGCCGGCGAGGUAUUCAAGCGCCAGGGCUCCGGCAACCUGAUUAUUACAUCGAGUAUGAGCGCGCAUAUCGUUAAUGUACCCACGGACCAGCCCGUGUAUAAUGGAUCCAAGGCUUUUGUUACCCACUUCGGCAAGUCGCUUGCUCGGGAAUGGAGGGACUUUGCUCGGGUCAACAUUGUCUCUCCGGGAUUCUUCGAUACGAAGAUGGGGGCUAGCCCGCUUGCCGUCAAUGAGGCAUAUCGUAUGGCUGUGCUUGGAAGACAGGGCCAUGUCAAAGAAAUUAAGGGCCUGUAUCUUUACCUUGCUAGUGAUGCUUCUACCUACACGACGGGUAGUGAUGUUUUGAUUGAUGGGGGUUAUGUUUUGCCUUGAAUAUAGAUCAUGUUUCGUGGCAAUCGAUGCCAUCCUUAUAUUAGAAUAUGGAAUUUAUGUCGUCUUUUGGCACCUGAAGAACUGGAUAUGUGAACAGGCUUAUUCUUGGGGUGUAUUUCCUUCUCUAUGCGGUGGGGUAGCGAGGGAGUAUUUAUGGAAGCAUUAUCACCGGCUGAGGUCAUUGUCAAAGUGUCGAUCGCAAGUUAUCCAGUUUUGUAGAGCAUUAUUGAAUAAGAGAAUAAAGG